AUGGUCGGCAAAAUGGGGCUGCUUGGUGGGGUCCAUUUUUGCCCUAAAGGUCCAUUUACAGACGCUCCUCUUCCCCAUCUCCAAUGCAAAAGGCAGGGUGCCAUUAAGGAUAAUAAAGUAAUAGAACGGUUGAGAAGAUGGGAAGGGCCUAAUCUGGUGAUGUUUACAAAGGCUAUGCCGUGGGAACCUGACAAAUCACAUCCACGAACAUUGCUAGCAAGUGAUGAGGAGGAGAAAGAUCUUACUGGGAAUCUGCUUUUUGUUUAA